CUACAGACACUCAGAGCAGCGGUACUGAGAGAUAUGAUGGACGGUUGGACGACUCCUGCCUAGGCUCACCUGCAAGCUCCUUGGAUCUGCAUGGUGGAACUGAAAUGGCCUCCACCAGUGAAUGCUCCAUUAGCGGUGGGAAGGGAACAGCAGCACUGGACUAUAACUGGCACUACAGCUUCAACAUACCGUGGAACCUCAUGCCUUCGCAUAUAAAGAAGAUACUGGAGAAGAAAGAAUGGCCAACUGCGAGGGAUAGAAGAGAGAUCAUUAGGUUGAUAUCUGCAGAAAUUGUGUCUUUCUGCAAAAAUCCUCAAAAGAAGCACUUGAGUGAAGUUGCCCGCAAGAUGGUAGUGGACUAUCCCAAGUCCUUCAAGGAUGAGAUUGAGAAUCAAGUAGUAGGUUGUGGCUACGAUUCCAUAACGAAACAACUACAAUGCAGAGUGGACAACUACAAAAGGUUGGAGCUACCAACAAUGACUCAUUCCAGCAGUGCUGACAAGGGAAAGAAGAGACGGAGGAAGGAUGCGUAUGGAUGUGUUGUUAACCCUGAACCUCAACUGUCUGCAAAUUGUGAAGCACAGAAGAACAUGAAAGGGGAACUACACAAGAUGUUUGAGGGAAAUGAGAAAGGCGAGAAGAAAAUAGAGGCAUUGAUGAUGAACACGUUUGCCUCCCAGAAAAGAGAUGUUCAAAAUGAAAAAGACACACAGACCUUGAAAGAAGAAUGGCCCUAUCUUUUCACCACAACAGGAUUGAAGACUCAUUUCAAGGAACUAACAGGUGUCCACAUAAAUCAUGAAUUCCAAGAGGACAUGAAGAGCAAAUACAAAAGAGUCCUGGGAUAUUUGAAGUCUCAGCGCCCGGCGAGAGAAAGUCGUGCAGCAAAACUCCUACCUCAAAUCCAAGGAAAUCCAGGUGAAGACUCCUGUGGGGCUUUGUUGCUGCUUUUAGCCCACUUCAAAGAAGAUCAGCACAAGAUGCUCAUAAAUGUCGACGAUACCUGUGUUGCAACAGAUGUGGACUUGCAGCAUCUUCCCACAACCCCAUGCAUAUUGCUGUGUGGAGAAAGCCCAAUGACUGCCUCUGCCUUCAUGGUAGCAGUGGACCAGGUGGUGGUUAACGACAGAAUCUUCACAUUCACAGAGGCAGUUAAUGACAUGUUCAUGAUCUACUAUGUCCUCAACAUCGACUACCCUGUAGAGCUUGGAGCAACAAUGGAGUUCAUUCAAAGAUGCAUUUUCAGGAUCAAUCCGGACAAGGGCUCAAAAGUACAGAAACAAGGCAAUAAGAAGCGUCUCGCAGUCAAUCCCAAGGUUGACCACCUGAAUAUGAGAGCCUAAGGAGUUGUUUUCCCUCUGUCCCCUUUUGAGGACCUGCUUUGUCUCCUCCAUCAUUCACUGGGCCACUUUUGGGUUCCUGGGCUUAUUUCAUGUGGUUUUCCUGACCUGCUAGAAGUUAUUCUAUGAUGCUUGAGGCAUCCAUCAUAUCUGAGAGCUUCGUCUUGACUUUGUCACGAAUUUGGUGAGGAGUGGAGCUGGCUGGCUGCGGACGAGGAAGUAGAGCAAUACAUACUUGUGCACAUACACGUAUAUGAGUAUGCAUAUCUAUUCAGACCUGUAACCCUACCUGUACACAGCUAUAUAUAUUUUUUUUUUUCUCCAAUUCUCUAUUUAUGGUUUCAUAAUGACUGAGUCACCGUUGAGUGAGUGAGUUUCAGCUCUAAUGCUGCUACUGUCUGUAAUAUGUUUCUAUUUAGAUUAUUUGUCAGGAUAUUUUUUUGUUAUUAUUAUCCGAGUCUGGUUUUAACUACUGUAAUACUGGGCUUACACCAAAAGAUUUUCACAGUCACAGACUAAAAACUGAAAGGGUAGCAUAAGGGUUCUUCCCGUUAGUCUCGUCCCACCCCUAGUCAUGACAUAACUUCUGUUGUGAUUUGACACUAUAAUGAAUAAAGAUUGAUUGAUUGAUUG